AUGAGUGCAUCGACGUUUACCGACGCCUCUCUUUCGCGCGAAGCUCAGAGUUCUGAUUUUGAUCUGAUCAUCCGCCAGCAGCCCGACCGGGCGCGCGUUGCUGGGGGCAAAGAGAAAGAGCGCAAACCCAUCGAUCCGCCCCCGAUCGUCCAGCUUCGGGUGCGCGAAGAAGGCUCCUACCUGGCCCAACACUAUCUGCAAAGUCCGUACUACUUCAUGUGCUGCAGUCUGUACGAUGCCACAGAGGAUCGUCCGGUGCCUGUUGCGCCUUCUACAGCUCUAGCGGGAACGCUCGUUUCGUCUCUUCACCGGUUGAAGGACGUGGAUAAUAGCGAUGGUGGGUUCUUCGUGUUCGGCGACUUGUCGGUGAAGAUCGAGGGCGAGUUUCGUCUCAAGUUUACCCUCUUCGAGAUGCGAAAGGAUGUUGUGACAUACUUGAAAACUGUCAUCUCAGAUCGAUUUAAAGUCUCGCCGCCUAAGAACUUUCCCGGAAUGAUGGAAUCUACCUUCUUGUCGCGGUCUUUUGCAGAUCAAGGUGUCAAAUUGCGCAUACGCAAAGAGCCUCGAACGAUGAUGAAACGGUCUGCGCCUCGUCCCGAUGAAUUCCCUCAGACGGCUGCGCCUCGAUCACCUGAACGUCAACCGGUGCAGAUGACGCCUGCUGUAUCUGGGUUUGCGGCCUAUCCUGUAUCGGCCACGUCUCGCGACUACAGCCAGUACUAUGGAGCACCUCCCGUCAAGCGCCAUCGCACGUCGAUCGACUACGGGCGACAAAAUAUCUACGAACAAGAUCCUCGAAUGGCGGCUCGUCCGAUCGAUCCAUACAGCCAACCCACGCCAAUGUACAACCAGCAAGCUGCCUACCAACAACCAGCAAUGCAAUCUUAUCAGACAAGUCAGGUGGUGCCAGACUAUGGGAUGUCAUACGGCCUUCACCCAAGCGCCGCCUCAAUGUCGCAAAUGACUGACUCAUCUGGUCAAUCCCGUCCCAGUCAGCAAGCCUCAGUUGGGCAGAUGAUGACUAUGAACCAACCUGGCACACCUGUACGGCACCCCAAAACAAUGAUGGUGCAUGGCUACCCUCGAUCCGGAUAUCAAACGCCCGAGGCCACGACGAUUCUUCCUCCAUUACAGCGCGGCUACAACCCUGCCCCUAAUGGAUCCGGUGCACGCGGCCUGUUCGAACAACCUCCAUCGGCAACUUCGAUUCUCCCUUCGCAGAUAGGACCUGAAAGUAACCGUUAUGGCCCCGUGAACGAAAGUCCUCAGUGA